AUGAUAAGAUCACAACGCUGCUACGAUCUUCAUACGCUUGGGCUCAGUGCGACGACGCUACCAAUAGCGGAAAAAUUUAAACAAGAGAUAUCCGUUCCAAAGCCGACCUCAUCACCAAGACCAUACGCGAAUAUUGAAGAAGCUGUUAGAAGCGUCAACAUCUCGAAGCCAACGGAGAUCACUCCAAUGACUUUGCUGAAGGCUGUCAAGAAGUGCGCUGUCAAAUACUGUUGCUGUUGUCUCGGCAUGUGCACGAAGCAACAAACUCGCGCAGAAUCCUACGGUUCGAUCAACGACUCUUCCUUUAUGAGGAAUCCAAAAUGCAUUGAGCUGAUCGACAAUGCCGAAAUCAACAUGGAUGAAGUCGAACAGCAAUCUACGAUUACAUCCGACACCGUAAAGAUCGAUCAAAUGCCUUUGAUUGUCAACGGCACCUUCGUCACAAAAAAGGUGCUUAAAAAUUGGGGCAUUAUGACGAAUGAGUUCAAAACCCUUCUCAAGAACAACGCCGAAAAGAAGAUCAAGAAGGUCACCGUCCAGUGCUCACUCCCGGAGGAGGACAACAUCAACGAGCAGUGA